AUGGCUGAGCCUCUUUCUUCGAUCCAAACAGCAAACAGGGUAACUAUUACUCGAAUCAUUAUCAUUGGAGCGAGGAAGGAUAAGAUGCAGGAGAAAAACCAACUCCACCAUUGGACCACUGCCAUUAGGAAUCGAACCCCAUUUGACGGUAUGAAGCAACAGCCCUACGAGAAAGACAAGCUUUUUUUGAACAAUCACAGGAAUCAGAGCAAAACGAUUGCAUGGCUCUCGAGUAAGGAAAACAAACGGAUCAAUGAUUACGGAGUAGAAGCUACCAAACGUACCGUAAUGCCUGAACAAGAAUACCUGAUCAUUUCCUGGGUGCUAGGUGGAGUAGCGGUACAAACACUUGGGUAUAGAGGUACAAUUAGAUCGGCCGGGGGUCCCCUCCAACUUGACAAAGAAGCGUCAGCAGCGUCGUAUCGUCGAGGCCAACGCUGCUAUGCUGCCCUCAGAAAUCAUGUCAACUGUCUUGGAUGA